AGAGAGAGAAGGAUCUCCCUGUUUCAUGCGCAAAACAUCCCACUACCAUAUGCUGUGCUCUAUGGCCAACUCGGGCUGCCUUCUGCUCUCCAACUCCGGGAUGCUGCCUCACUCUCUUCAGUGUCCCCCAGCAUUCCUCUACCUUCCCGAGGGUAACCAAGAGGCUACGGCCCCCCCAGAAGCGAUGGCACAGCCCUAUCCCCCGGCCCAGUACCCCCCUCCCCCUCAGAAUGGGAUCCCAGCGGAGUACGCCCCGGCACACCCCCACACCACGCAGGACUACACGGGCCAGAGCACGGUACCCGAGCAUGCCAUGACCAUCUACACGCCAACGCAGACCCACUCAGAACUGCCUGGCACCAACGCCAACACACCCUCUCUCACCGGCACAACGACAGUACCGCAGACAGACGACGUGGCACAGACGGAGGUUUCACAGCAGCUACAGUCCACAGACCCGUUAGAGAAGCAGCAACCCAAACGGUUACAUGUCUCCAACAUCCCCUUCCGCUUCCGAGACCCCGACUUACGGCAAAUGUUUGGGCAAUUUGGGAAAAUAUUAGAUGUCGAAAUAAUUUUUAAUGAGCGGGGCUCCAAGGGCUUCGGCUUUGUAACUUUUGAAACGAGCGCAGACGCAGACCGCGCGCGGGAGAAACUAAACGGUACAAUCGUAGAGGGGCGGAAAAUUGAGGUAAAUAAUGCAACAGCAAGAGUGAUGACGAACAAAAAGGUGGCAAACCCCUACACAAACGCAAUUGCCAGCGAGGAUACAGAUUUUGCUGAGGAUUUCUCCAGGCUGCUCGGAGACAACAAGGAACAUACAUUCAUGACGUUGCCCCAUUCAAGUCAAGGUUGGAAGUUGAACCCAGUGAUGGGAGCUGUUUACGGCCCCGAGUUUUAUGCAGUAACUGGCUUCCCAUAUCCAACCACAGCGGCGGCAGUGGCAUAUAGAGGAGCCCAAUUAAGAGGCCGGGGGCGUGCGGUGUACAACACAUUCCGUGCCACACCUCCUCCCCCGCCCAUCCCUACCUAUGGAGCAGUUGUUUAUCAAGAUGGAUUUUAUGGUGCAGAAAUUUAUGGCGGGUAUGCAGCUUACAGAUACACUCAGCCAGCUACCGCCACGACUGCAGCUGCCUACAGCGACAGUUAUGGCAGAGUCUAUGCAACAGCUGACCCCUAUCAUCACACAAUUGGACCAUACAGUGUUGGAACUAUGUAAAAAAACAAAACAAAAAAAAUAUGGAGCAGUGGACAUCGCCCAAAAGGUCUCUAAAAGGAUGCAAACAAGAAAAAUCCUUCUAACAAGGCUGAAAGACGGACGGAGCAAAGAGUAUGCAAGUACUGUGAUGAGAACAUGAAAAAAAUAUCAUAAAAACAUGUUUAAAAGGUGUGGUGCAGGUUUACUUUCACGUGGGACAGCCUUGCUAGGAGGAGAAAGAAAGCACUGGGUCCUAACCCUAAAGUCACAUAACUUUUUAUUUUUAUAAAAUAAACUUUUUUAAGUUUUAAAAGACUGGAGGAGGAUCCCUUGAUCUGCAGACAAGCAAAUCUACCACCCUGACAGGGCAGAAAAUAGAUAUUUCAAAAGGUAAUCCUUACAGACCUUAUAUAGAUAGGGUGUAGAGAGAAAGAAAAAAAGGUAUAGAUAUAGACCUUCAUUAAUUCAUGUGAUGCGAAGGUCCUCUUUGCAUAUACAAUAAUAACCUGGACCUCUGACUAAUCUGCACCUGUUUAUGGUGGAUAAGAAGGAAAGCUGAGUGUACUGAAGAGUAUUUGUUACCUUGUUCAUUCAUAGCUGUAUUGUAUUUCUUAGUCCACAGGGCUACAAGUGUUUUAACAUGUUUCCCAUACAGUAUUUUCAGAAAAUAUAAUUUCAUGCAAUAAGCAGUGCAAAUGUGAUUUUUUUAAAAAUCAAUUAACACAUCAAUGAUGAAUCAAAUUAAAAAGAUCCACAAUCUUCCUAUUUGUAAUUCCAAUAAGCACUGAUCUCAGAACCAGCAGCUUUAGGAACAGCAGUCUAUCCCUCUAACUACUGAGCUACCCACACUUCUUUAAAACACAGCUUUCAGAGUCUUGGUGGCCCUUCCUAUAUAGAGCAAUUAUGUAGACACCUUGAGCCUUUUGAAACUCAGCACAAGACAGUCAGACACAACGUAGGAACUAACAGACCUGGGUAAAUAAUAAUAACAUCCAUUUCGGGACAAUCUUUUAUUCCCUUGUGCAACCCCCAGCAAUUCUGCAUUUGCUAAGCAAUUUUGAGCUCCCGUUACCGUAUCCUUCUCGUACCAGCCACCUGCACUCCACCGGCAGCAGUGAUUGCUGUACCUGCUGGGAAAUAAUUACCUGCUAAGAACAUUUCUCUCAGUCAGACUGCAUGUUGAAAGACUGUGUACUGCCCCGGGAUUGAGAAUGAAGGCCUACAAUCGGCUUUAAUAUUGAAACCCAGAUUUGGCGUUUCUAAGAGACAGCUUUAACUUUAAAUAUUGUUGGCCCUUAACAAAAACUAUUUUGAUAUGAAGGAAAAAGGCAAGCUGUAUUUAAAAAUAUACAUAUACUUUUAAAGAUAAAUAAGUGGCUAAUAGAUUGUAAUAUUGCUGCCUCUGCUACAGUCCUCAAAAAGGAACAGAUUUUAAAAGCACUUACAACAAUUGGUGUCCCUUUUUUUUUUUUCUUCUAAAUACAGAUGUUGGUAUGACUGGCCUCAGAUUUAAAUUAACAAAACAGAGCGGUAUACCUGGUUUAUUCCGAGAGAUUAAUGAUGUUUUUA